CGACGAAGCCAAGUUAUCGUGAAGUAAGACAGCUCUCACCCCUCCGGGGUGAGUGAAACAAAAUAAACUGUCUGUGAAGAUGCGGCUUUUUUUCCCGAAAAUCGUUGUGAGCUGUUUGGCGCUCUAUGUCCGAGGUAACCAAGCCGCGAUGACGGACAUGGAAGCGGGCAAAUUCGACCUCACUGGGACGAGCACCAAGAAGAUCGGCGCGGAAGGGAUGCCGCAGUCGCUGCAGCAAACCGCGCGCAAAAGCUCCGAUGUCAUCAUGGUAUUUCUGUAUUGAGGAGGUCCAGCAUUUGUUCCGUCCGCGUGGCAGUAGGAAUAGCUGUUGCUCUUUCUUUUGUGACAUAUACAUAAAGCUCUUUCUUUUCUUGUGACAUAAGUACAUUGAGGACAUCAGCUCAUUCGCUUUCACACCAAACUUCACACACAACAGCCGCCGAUGCUCGCAGCGGCGGAAUCAGUUUCCGUCAAGAUCAUCGAAAAGAUCAUCAAUGAUACGGCCCUAGUCACGAUGGCGGAUCUGGACGCCAUUGAGUGCUCUGUGCAGACGCAGCGGCUCUUGCGCGCCGGCGCGGACAUCAACAACGACGGCGUCGUGAGUUGUGCGGAGGAGCAAGCAUUCUGGUCCAAGGGCGAGCCCGUGGAGUCGUUUCUGGAAGUCUCCUCCGACGCGGAGUAUGAACGGACAAAAUACAAUUUGACCCCAGAAAGAGCAUAUACUGUCACGAGAAUGAAACUAACGACCUACGAGAAUGAGGAAGCAAAUGGGGCUCCACCCGCUUACAACUUUUCCCGCUCCGGACGGGGUAGAGGCUGCGCUUUUCAUAGGGCUUGUGCCCGUUUUUUCGCGCAAAGCUACUUGUUUUGCGCGCGGUUUUUCUCCGCUCGAGCGGUCGGGUGGAGAAAAACUGCAAUACAAAAUUGGAAAACCGGCCGGAUGCAGAUGCAGCUUUUCUCCCCGCAGGAGAAAAGCCGCAUCACAAAUUAGCAAACUCCGCUUCCUCCGGUUGGAGAAAGACCGCGCCUCCGGUUCUCCGCACUACAAAUGCGGAAAGGUGCCCAUUGCCAUUGCAUUUGUAAUGCGGAGAGCCCGACCUUUCAAAGGUCGGGCUCUCCGCGUUACAAAUGCAAUGGGCGGAAAGGUCGGGCUCUCCGCAUUACAAGUGCGGAGUGCGGGGCUCCCCAGAGCUCGGGGUUCGGGUUGUGGGUAAAUGGGGAAAGGGGAAAGCCCGGAGCCUCGGGUUCUCCGCAACCCGGGCUCUUCUCCGCAUCACAAAUCCCUCCUUUCGCCACAAGCGGCUGCCGCAGCCGCUGCACACCGUCGUGCGUAACCUUUUGCGCGAUGCUAUCCCCAAGCAGCAAUAUUCGCACUCCCGAUAGCAUCGGGCAUGAGGUUAUGCUGCAUGGUAUCGCUGCGUGCGAAUUUCCCUCGCAGCCAUACCAUGCUGCAUUAGGUUACGCCCGACCUGUGGCUGUCUUUUUCUGCCCCCCUUGGGCGUUUGUGCAGCUUCUUUUUACCCUCAAACACGACCGGAUUCCGGGGAAAGUUGUGGUUUAGGGAGGAAGCACAACUUUUCCGCGGACCACCCCGAGCCGGCCCCGCGGUGCCCCUUUUCCCGCAUCAAACCACGGGGCCGCGCGGGCCCUCGUGCAGUCAAUGGCCCAAAUUCCCGCGGCGUUCGGUGUUUCGCAAGCAUACAAACACCUUCGCAGACACGGCCGAUUUUUGGCGUUUGCCGUUUUUGCGCCGGGCCCCGAGGGUCCGGUCGCUAGCAAUGAGGGGCCAGCGCGCGCCUUCGUUGUGUAGCCGGCGCGCUUUUUGUGGCAAGCUGCGUGGCUUUUCGUUUUGUUUUUUCCGUUUCUUUUCCUACUGGGGUCCAAAGAAAGGGUGCGGAGCUAGGGGCGCCGGUGCGCUGGCGGUGUUUCUGGGGCAGCGCCGGUAGCGAUGCUUCAAGUGGAGGGGGGAGGGCGCCUCUGCAAAAAGCGCGACCCGCUGGCGGCUCGGUGCCGGUUAUGCGCAUGCCUUUGGAGAGAGUCCGACGGGCGCACGCAUACCAGCUUGGUGGCCCGCCUUGCCCGGGCGGCCGACAAGGCGUGAAGGAGGCGGGGGCCCCGGCGAUUCGUGGGGCAGGGCCACUGCCAUGGCAGGCCCAGCCAAGUAUUCGCUGUGACGCACCUUCCUCAGACCUUCGAUCGCGCGCAACCGCGGAGCCGGGGCCGAACUAACAAACUGAAAACCGGAAGCGGGGGCCCCGGGCCCGAUGUCUUCUACAUGUUUGGCAGGGCAUCUUCCGAGCCCACUGUCGUGAGCCCUGUCGGAGGGACCGGGCCGCGGCGGCAUGACAGUCAGGCCUUGGGAGUUCGGCUUGCACCCACCCCGCCGGCCUCAACUCCCAGCGCGCGCGCCGCCGUUCAUUCUUGCCACAAACAAUGGGCGCGGUUGGCUUUCUGGGCGGCCCCAGAUAGAAUACAACGAACGGGCGGGCGGGCCGGCCGCGUCGAGCAGCGGCCGGCCACAGCCUCUGGCGAUUGAAAAGAAACCGCCCGACGCCCGGGCCUGUUGUAUUCAGCGCCCGCGCGGGCCCGCUGCCUGGUGGUCGUCAGAUUGGGAGGCACACGCCGGCGCCUUGUUCCGUUCGUUGCGCCAGCCCGCAUAUGUCGCCCCCCAAGCCGCGCCCGCUUCCCUGUUUCUCCCUGCGCGGCACUGCCCCAAUGCCUCGCGCGGAGCUGCCCGCCGGGCCGACGCGAGCCGGGUUUACGCGAUAUUUCCGCUCGGGCAAGUGGGAUUCGGAACCGCGCCGGGCGGACCCGAGAAAGAGCGGUGCGAGAAUGAUUUUCGCAGGGCCUAGCUUUCGACGUGAAACACCUCUUCAUUCUCGCGGAAACACUACGUUUGCGCGAGAAUGGCAAGGAAUUUCAUGCAGAUGCGAAGCCCGCCACGAGAAUCAUUCUCGCGCCGCAAGUUACGGGACCCUGCCCGCAGCAACCCGGAAGCACACGGGAAAUGCCCGGGGACUGGGGGAAAGCUGCGGGCGCUGGCCAAAAAUGCAGCGCGCCGACGGCAAUACCGGGGCCGGCCAGAAGGGCAGAGGGGGGGCGGGAGGCGGCAGGCGCGUGGCGCCCCUCGGGCAAAUUUCUGCCCAAGGUCUUUCCGGCCGGGGGGCCCCAGCGCUUUGCCGACGUUCUUUUUUCUGAAAAUUGUUCGGCGCCCGCAGGAUGGGGCCCAGGCGCAGUGGGGCCGGGGGCAACGGCGAAAGCGGGAGGCGAGGAGGCGGGGCUGGCGGAUAUUGGCAAGGCCGAUGCAGUGGCAGCGCAGGCACCGCCUGCCCGCACGCGCGCGCCCGCCACAAGCCGUGCCGGCCGGCGGGCCCUGGACAUUGUGGGCCGAGACGGGCGCGGCCAGCCUGUUGGCCAGCGGGCAGGAGCUGCGCUAUUGCAUGACGCGGCCACCAAUGCAUCUAGUACCGGCGGCCUUCGCCCUCCGUUACAUACAUGCGCCGGCCCUUCGGUCCACAGAGAAGACAGAGCCCGCUGGCCGCGCACAGCUUUGGGCGCGCGGCGGCAAUUGUCCCACCCCGUGCAAGCCCCACCACGCCAAGGGCUUCGCGCAAUGUGCCCAAGUUUGCCGGGGCCGGGGCGACGGACAGGGAACGAAAAGAAAGGCAGGCGACGCGCAAAAGCGGGCCCCGCCCGGUGAUUCUAUCGCAGAAACUAAACAGGCGGGGCGCGCCCCGCAUAUUGUGUUGCCGGGCCCACCUGGUGUCUUUCAGUCUGUCUUCCGCCCCGGUUUGUGGGGGUGGUUGGUGGCCUUCUUUGCGUUGGUCCAUCCUGGUUUCCCGCGUUUUUUUCGCACGACACCCCCGGGCCAAAUGUGCACGAGAGUGCGCUGGCCCUUAAAAUAAAAGCGCCGGUCGCGCCGCGACAUUUUGAGUAGCCUAGGUAGCGAAGAGAAAGAAUGAACGGCCGACGGCCUCCCAUCAAUCAGAACCCCCCCGGCCCGGGCCCGGCGUAGAAGAUGCAGCCGGCGCGCAAAAUGGGGAGGCCACUCUCACGGGCGUGCGUGCUUGCGAAACAAAGACAACCGCUGCAAUUUUGCGCGCGGCCUCGGCGUGUCUCGCGGGCGCCUUUUGGUGACCAUGGGGCCGGCUCGGGGUGGUCCGCGGAAAAGUUGUGCUUCCUCCCUAAGCCACAGUUUUCCCCGGAGUCCGGUCGUGUUUGAGGGUAAAAAGAAGCUGCACAAACGCCCAAGGGGGGCAGAAAAAGACAGCCACAGGUCGGGCGUAACCUAAUGCAGCAUGGUAUGGCUGCGAGGGAAAUUCGGAUUCGCACGCAGCGAUACCAUGCAGCAUAACCUCAUGCCCGAUGCUAUCGGGAGCGCGAAUAUUGCUGCUUGGGGAUAGCAUCGCGCAAAAGGUUACGCACGACGGUGUGCAGCGGCUGCGGCAGCCGCUUGUGGCGAAAGGAGGGAUUUGUGAUGCGGAGAAGAGCCCGGGUUGCGGAGAACCCGAGGCUCCGGGCUUUCCCCUUUCCCCAUUUACCCACAACCCGAACCCCGAGCUCUGGGGAGCCCCGCACUCCGCACUUGUAAUGCGGAGAGCCCGACCUUUCAUCCGCCCAUUGCAUUUGUAACGCGGAGAGCCCGACCUUUGAAAGGUCGGGCUCUCCGCAUUACAAAUGCAAUGGCAAUGGGCACCUUUCCGCAUUUGUAAUGCGGAGAACCGGAGGCGCGGUCUUUCUCCAACCGGAGGAAGCGGAGUUUGCGAAUUUGUGAUGCGGCUUUUCUCCUGCGGGGAGAAAAGCUGCAUCUGCAUCCGGCCGGUUUUCCAAUUUUGUAUUGCAGUUUUUCGCCACCCGACCGCUCGAGCGAAGAAAAACCGCGCGCAAAACAAGUAGCUUUGCGCGAAAAAACGGGCACAAGCCCUAUGAAAAGUGCAGCGUCUACCCCGUCCGGAGCGGGAAAAGUUGUAAGCGGGUGGAGCCCCAUUUGCUUCCUCAUUCUCGUAGGCCGCUAGUUUCAUUCUCGUGACAGUAUAUGCUCUUUCUGGGGUCAAAUUGUAUUUUGUCCGUUCAUAACGCGGAGUCCUCUACCACAGCAUCCUCCGUUGGGAGGACGGGCGACAAGGAGAACAAGCCAGCUCGUCGUUAUUGGCCAGGAUGGAGUCAGCCAUCGCUGGAGAGAGGGAGAGGCUUUGACUGUUACGGCCGUUGUCCUGCGGACCAGAAGCCGGCGCCGGAGGAGACCCCGACCCACUUAGCCGGGGUGUCCAAGUUUAUCAGCGAUACGUGGCCCGGGUUCUCUAGCCCCCAACCGCCUUUCGAUGCCUGGGGUGCGUGAAGUCUCCUAUGUAUGAUUGUGGUGAGCAAGAGCAACAAUUUCAGGAAAUUUCGUGAGGUUGCGGUCCUCAUUGCGAGCUCCAGCAUUGCGCGUGUAUUAAUUGGGUUCACAAACAAGCUGCUUUUCUGCAUCGCGCCUGCGCUGUUCCAUCUUAGCUGUGGAGUCACUACUGUGCGCUUUUCUUUUUCGCUCACCCGAUGUUUAUCUAUCAAGAGUACUAAGAGUCCACUUCCUAUGUCAAUGUCGUUUUUUUUUUCCGCGACGGCUUCAGUUUCCGCCGUGUACUUCAAGUGUUCCUGAGGUUGAGGUAUCAUUUUUUUUACAGUUCUUCUUCUUGAACGCUGGGAAUGAAUUAUGUUUAUGGACAACGCUCUUUAAUACAAAUGUCAACGCUGAACAUCUUGAUGAGGAAAACAAAGGAAAGCACAAUAGUGGCGGCUCACUUAUGAAUAUGAUCGACAUCGAUCCGACGUGCAAGCUACAGUAAUAUUAUCGGCAGGGACUUUAAAAAAAGUCGCGGGCACUACAGACGCACCCAUGUGGACGAUGUGUCCAUCCAGCGACAGCAAUGCUUUCGGAAUGCAACCCAAAAUCAGAGACCAAAGUUGCAGAUGAAGCGUCCCAGAAGCUGUAGUAGUUGUUCAUGAUCCGCUCCUUCCGCGCUAUGCCGUUCAUUGAAUCGUUGGUAGCGGCCGCGUGCCGGCGGACUAGAAUCACUGUAUAUAUGGAAAAAUAGACUAUGCCACAUAUCCGGAAUUAUCGACCAAAAGGAUGGGCCCUGAACAAGUAGUAAGAAGCAAUUUUUUGAGCGUG